GCAGUCCCUAUGCUGCCACUGUGUUUCCACUGCGUGGAAGCGCACGUAGUGCCUGCGCAAUGACAAUAUCGGAACGCACGCCGUGUAAUGAAGCACGGCGUGCGUUCACUGUGCCGUCAUGUUCACUGUGCCUCACUGAGGGCAACGUUAUUGCAGCCAAAUACGAUGCGUUUUUGUUUUUAAUACUUCGUAAAGGAGAACAGAGAGGUGUGUGAACGCAUGUACACAACAAUUAUUUCUGAAAUCUUUGCAAUCUUACUUCUGAGAUCUUUGCGAAAUCUUUUCUGCGAUGAGUCAACAAAAAAAGAGAAAGAAAGGAAAUGAAGUGGAUCUCACGAGGGCAAUCGAUCAAUUUUGGUCGAAUGUGUCCAAACAGAGAGAGUCUCUGCAAUCCACACAUAGCACACAAUCACCCAUACUACACUCACAAUCAUCCGUACACAAUCAAAAUCCUCGCAAUUUUCAACACCAAUCACCAAUCACAAAACAUUCACAAAACAUUUCGCAUUCAUCUACAUCAACUUCAAAAACACAACCCUCCAAACAUUCUAUAAACACUAAUAAACAUACUUCUUCUGCAUGCACACCUUUGCCCAAGCGCAAAGCAACUUUGCCAUCCGUCCCAGAGAAUGAACCGCCAUCCGUCCAGGAGAAUGAAUUACAGAUAAAUAAAGGGAUGAAUUAUGUCGUUUCAACAUUUAGGAAGUUUCAAGCUCAGUUAAAUCGAAUGGAAAACAAUCAAAACCGGAUUAAAGCAAUAUUAAAAGACGUCCAACGAAAGGGCCGCCCUACACGAUUAAGACAACCACCGGGAUGCUUCCCUUUUUCUGUGCUCGAAGAUCUGAUUAAUUUUAAGGACGUGGACCAAUAGACUUACGACAAUGUGGUCAGUCACUUUAUUUAUUUAGGUGGUAUAAACCCGAUUGAUUCCGCAGGCCAUUUUUUUAAAUGUGCCUUUAGCGAAAAGGAAGAUAUCUCUUCUAGGAUUACCUGGCUAGGAACUGAAAACCAACAUGCCUUGAAAGGAACGCGGUUUGUAGAAGCAU